CGAUCCGGGUCUGUGCGCAUCGACGACGAAUAGAUGUAAAUCCAGGAGGAGAGUGUAGCCGGUGUAAAGUAAUCGUCUUUCAGCAUUUCAGCACUGAUUUAUAUUAUUACGAGUCUGUACCGUUAUAUAUUGACAAGGGACUUCCGGAAACACACUGCAAAACGCCUUAAAAAUGGCGCAGUCAGACAGCAAGAAAAUGUUUUUCGAGAACCUGUCGGGUUCGGGGAAAGCCAUCGCAGUGCUGACGAGCGGCGGAGAUGCGCAAGGGAUGAAUGCAGCUGUACGUGCUGUUGUGCGGAUGGGAUUAUAUGUGGGUGCAAAGGUUUAUUUCAUUCAUGAGGGAUAUCAGGGAAUGGUGGAUGGUGGGGAAAACAUAAGAGAAGCCUCAUGGGAAAGCGUCUCCAGUAUGCUACAAGUGGGUGGCACUGUUAUCGGCAGUGCUCGCUGCAAAGAGUUUCGUACCCAUGAGGGGCGUCUGAAGGCAGCUCAUAACCUGGUACAGCGUGGCAUUACCAAUCUGUGUGUCAUUGGUGGAGAUGGUAGCCUGACAGGAGCAAACCUCUAGGAAGAAUGGAGUGGACUGCUGGGAGAACUGGUGGAGCAAGGUUUGAUUGAAGCUGAUGCUGUUCAGAAGUAUUCCGCUCUUCACAUUGUGGGGAUGGUUGGCUCCAUCGAUAACGACUUCUGUGGAACUGACAUGACAAUCGGUACUGACUCGGCAUUGCACAGAAUCAUCGAGGUGGUGGACGCAAUUAUGACAACUGCACAGAGUCACCAGAGGACAUUUGUGUUGGAGGUUAUGGGCCGUCACUGUGGCUACCUGGCGUUGGUUAGCGCGCUAGCUUGCGGGGCAGAUUGGGUGUUGAUCCCUGAGAUGCCUCCAGAGGACGGGUGGGAGGACAAGAUGUGUCAAAAACUAUCUGCGAACCGAGCAGGGAUGAAAAGGCUGAAUAUCAUAAUUGUAGCUGAAGGGGCGAUUGAUCGUAACAACAAGCCCAUAACCACUGACUAUGUUAAGAAUCUUGUUGUGAAAUGUUUGGGUUUUGACACAAGAGUGACAAUUCUGGGUCACGUGCAAAGAGGAGGGACCCCAUCUGCAUUUGACCGCAUUCUGGCCAGUCGUAUGGGUGUGGAGGCCGUACUCGCCCUUCUGGAGACCACAGCCAACACGCCCGCCUGUGUGGUUUCGCUGUGUGGUAACCAGUCAGUGCGCUUGCCUCUGAUGGAGUGCGUACAGAUGACGCAAGAGGUCCAGAAAGCCAUGGAUGAGAAGCGAUUUGAGGAGGCAGUGAAGCUUCGAGGCAGGAGUUUUGAAAACAACCUGAGAACGUACAAACUGCUUGCUCAUCGUAAACCAGAAUCGGAAUUGCCAGUUAGUAACUUCAAUGUAGCUGUGUUGAAUGUCGGUGCACCUGCAGCGGGCAUGAAUGCUGCUGUCCGGUCAGCAGUCAGAGUGGGUAUUUCUGAGGGGCACAAGAUGUUUGCCGUCAGCGAUGGGUUUGAGGGAUUCUACAAAGGACAGAUUAAGGAGGUUAAAUGGGGUGAUGUUGGUGGAUGGACAGGUCAGGGUGGAUCUCUUUUGGGAACUAAAAGAACACUUCCUGCAAAGCAUGUUGAAGAAAUUGCUGAGCAGAUGCGGAAGUAUAACAUAAAUGCAUUGCUCAUUAUUGGAGGAUUUGAGGCCUUCCUGUCACUGCUGGAAUUGUCAUCUGCGCGUGGGAAAUACGAUGAGUUCUGUGUGCCCAUGAUCAUGGUCCCAGCCACUGUCUCCAACAAUGUGCCAGGCUCAGACCUCAGCAUUGGCGCUGACACGGCUCUGAACGCCAUCACUAGUACCUGUGAUCGCAUCAAACAAUCGGCAAGUGGCACAAAGAGACGUGUGUUCAUCAUCGAGACCAUGGGGGGCUACUGUGGUUACCUAGCUACUGUUGGAGGCCUGGCCUCUGGAGCUGAUGCCGCCUACAUCUACGAGGAGCCAUUUGACAUCAGAGACUUGCAGGCAAAUGUUGAGCAUUUGACAGAGAAAAUGAAAACCAGCAUUCAAAGGGGACUCGUCCUCAGGAACGAAAACUGUAGUGAGAACUACACAACAGAUUUUAUCUACCAGCUUUACUCUGAAGAAGGAAAGGGAGUAUUUGACUGCAGGAAGAAUGUACUUGGACACAUGCAACAGGGAGGAGCGCCUUCUCCAUUUGAUCGUAACUUUGGCACCAAGAUCUCUGCAAAGGCAAUGCAGUGGAUUUCAGAAAAGCUGAUUGAGACCUUCAGACACGGCCGAGUAUUUGCCAACACUGACAAUUCCUGCUGUCUGCUGGGGAUGCACCGAAGGGUUCUGGUCUUCCAGCCAGUCAUACAACUGAAGGAUCAGACAGACUUUGUCCACAGGAUUCCUAAGGAACAGUGGUGGCUGAAGCUGCGGCCUCUAAUGAAGAUCCUGGCCAAGUACAAGACGAGCUACGAUGUCUCUGACGCUGGACAACUCGAGCACGUUCUACGCAGCCGGCCCAAAGAAGACGCGUCUGCAGCAAUGUGAAGUUCUCCUGCUGUUCAUUUCCUGCAUUUGUCAUAAUGAGUAAAUGUCACUCCUGUUUUAACUUGAAAACCUUGUGAGCUGUAUAGCUGCUGCAGACUCUAACUUAGCCUCUGCAGUGCUUCUAACAUCACACGGAUGCACGCACACUCUCUUGCACAUCCCAAAACAACACAACUAUGCCAUGUACAUGUGACAGCUGCACAUCUGUGUCUUUGUAGUUUUAGAUGUUUAGUGAAGCCUCUGUUAUGUUCUUUAAAAUGCACUUUCUCAGUCUACGGUUGCUUGGUGAGGACAGAAUAGACGUUACUUGCAGUAGUACCAGUGUGUGUACCUGUGUGCGCUUCAGUAUGUUUAUGUGAGACUGCUGCAAUACAGUUCUGCUGGAAGUGCUUUACAAAGAAAAUAUUUAUUUCAUAUUUUUGCUCAUAAACAUAGAUAUAUAAUAACUGUAGGCACUCCAGUGUUGUGUCGUCUAUCAUGUUACACCAACAGUGUAGAUGUACAAGAAAUGAAUGUUUCCCACAAAAUAAAACUCAGUUGUGACAAA